AUGAAGCCCUGCGCGCCGUCCGCUGUCGCCACGAGGCCCUGCGCGCGCCUGUCUGGCCUGUGUGGCCUCGCCGCACUCGUCGCGGGUCUCGUCGCCAUCAGCUUCCUCGCGACCCACGCCAGCGCCGCUGAUGACCUGUGUGCGAACGAGGACUGCGGGGAAGGCACCUGCGCCGUUGAUGUAGACAAUGACAUACCCCUGUGCGUGUGCAAGGACGGUUUGGUAUUCGACGACGACCACAAGACGUGUGUCGUGGACCCGUGUACCGGCGGGGUGUGUGGGGUAGAGGCUUCCUGCGUUACUCUCGGUCCGACCGAAUUCCUCUGCAAUUGCAACAAGGAAGGCUUUGCCUUCAACGAGGCGGACAAGACGUGCUUUCCCCCGUUGGUGCGGACGACAGUGGCGCUGCAGCAAGGAGGCUCGAGAAGCAUUGUGCCCGCCAGCUUCUUGGCACCACUGCCGGCAGAGCAAGCGAGUGGCAGCAGCGCGUGCGGCAACCUGUACGUCACCAUCGAAGGCAGCGCCAAGAUCACCGUCGUGUGGAAUGCCUCCAACCCCGCCCCGCCUGUUGAUGAAGCGCCCAGCAACGCCAUGUGCAAGAGCCUCUCGUUAUACGCCGAGUCGGGCUGCACGAAGAAGCUGCGCUUCACUAUCGCGCGACCUGCGAAGAAGGGCAGUUCCUACCCCGUCACGAUCAAGACUGUCAAGGGAAUCCGUUUGCUGCUAUCAGUUGGCUGCGAGAUCACCAUGUGUGAGAAUGAUUGUGGAAGUGCACAGUGCGUUGUGAAGGAGGGCCAACCGCAGUGCCAGUGCCCCGAGGGCCUCGUGUUCAACGCAGCCAAGAAGCUCUGCCUCGACCCUUCUCGUGCUCCCCGUAGGCGACCCUAG